ACGCUCCCUCAUUAAUCAAGAUGGCGGAAUGUAACGUAAACAAACUCGCAUUCACAUGAAAAUAUACGCAAUUAUCCCUCGUUAUAUUCAAGUAAUAGUACCAUAGCUAUGAAAAUUGCCGUCUUAGGUUGUGGAAUACUAGGUACCAAAAUAGCAGGAGAGCUAGCGUACCAUGGCCACAGGGUCAAGAUCUGGGAUGUUAACAUUGAAGCACUCAAUGCGGUUUAUAGAAUCCUAGAGGAAGACAAGAAACAGCUCACGGAAGAUGGGCUGCUGUUCCAGAAAAAUUUUGUGGGCCAGGUUUUGUGCAUGAGUCGUUUAGAGGAAACUGUAAAUGAUGCAGACUUUAUUUUUGAGGCUGUGAAGGAAGAUUUAGAGAUCAAGAAAGAUUUAUUAGAAAGGGUCUCUCACCUGUGUAAAGGGGACACAAUCAUUGGAAGCAACACCUUACGACUGAGAAUUAAUGGUGUGAUGGCGUGUGUGAUGAACAAGGAUAGAUCUCUAGGACUACGGUUCCUCUACCCUGUGUACUAUAUUCCCGAGGUUGAGAUUAAUCCUGCCAGUUUUACCUCACAAACAUCAAUCCAGAGAGUGCGUGAAAUGCUGGAGAAGAUGGGCAAAACUUUAUUUUUCCGAUCUGGUAAUCACCCUCUAAUUUUGUCUGAAGAACAGAGAGAAGAAAGGAAAGCGUUAAGAGUAGAGCAACUGCUGAAUUCCUCUGGCAUUCCCUGUAUGUUUGAGAAGAAAAUCCCUGUUUUGUCACACGAGGGCAAUGUGGCUCCAGUGAAGGAGACCCGUCGAGAAUCAACCAAUGUGGAAACAGAGUGCGGGAUUUGUAUGAAUCGAAUGCGGGACUGUCUCUUGUGCCCAUGUCAUCACAUGAUCACGUGUUACGAGUGUUCCAAAAUGUUACACAAUCGUCGCGAUUGUUGUCCCAUCUGUAGGAAAGACAUUACUGAGGUUAUUCGUGUCUAUCAUUCCUGAGUGGGACAGACAGAUGGACAGACAGCUGGACAGACAGAUGGAGACGGACGGACAGACAGAUAGAUAAUCUGUAUUUAUUUUCAUUAUAUUUUAGUCACCAAGUCUUUCACAAUACUUAUUUUUUGCAUAAUUAUACCUCUGGAACCCAUACUUUUUUACCAUGUUACAUAUGUUCAAUGUCCUUCUUUUUAAUAAUGUUGCAAAGAAAUAGAAAAUACAAUGGGCAUUCCCACUUUAUUGUUGUUCAUUUGUUUGUGAUUGUAAAUAUGGAGUAUUGAUUUUUACAGAUAGAAUGUGAGAAAGGUUAAUGUGUUAAGUUUGGUAAAGUUUAAAAUUACUGGUACUGUAUUUUGUAAAACGUUGAUUAAAGUACACCAGAUGUAGGUGGUGCCCAAUUUAGACAAAUGCUAGGGGCUUGGGUCAAGACUGUUAAGGGUUUGGGUCAAAGCAGUGACCAUUUUCUACCCUACCAAUAUCUACUUAGAUAAGAUAUAAAUGUAUCUUGAAUUUGAAGGUCUUAUCUGAAAGACUUGUGGUUUUCUCUUCUGACAGUGAAGAAUCCCUGUUAUAAAGUUCCUAAUUAUAGAUCUGCAAAUAUAACAUGGCAUCCCACUCAAAAAUAGAAACUGGCACCGAUUAAAGAAAUGAAGUGAGUUCUAUGUUACUUAAAACUGAUGGAGCUGUUAAAGUAUCAUAUAAUACAUGUAUAUUGCAAUUAAUGAAAUCAAGCAUAGUCAUAUUUCACAACACACUGUACAGAUAUAUGUUUUCCUUUCAGUAAACUAUAUAUGUAUCUUGAAUGUCAAAGCACACUGCACAAAUAUAUGUUAAUUUCCUUCAAUGUUUGAAUGGUCAAAUUAAAAUUAAUUGAGAACUUCAUAGAUAUGAAUUGUUGUCUAGUUUUUGUUGCUUAAAUGUUUUCAUUGUGAUCACUAUUAAAUACAGCAAAUUACA